AUGGCCAAGGGUGGCAGUGUUGGCACACCCUCUCCGUCUGUAAGGAGGCAUCGGCCAGGUUUGAGUCGCAGCGCCGCGGCUUGCGAACGCUGCCGGCGGCGGAAACAAAAAUGCGAUGGAAAAACUCCAACCUGUGGCCCCUGUGAGACUGUCGGGGCAAACUGUGUGCCAUCACGUCGAUUAGUUGUCCAGCAGGAAAACCGGGAGUGUGAAUGUGACUUGCUGCGAGGUCGAUUGGCUUCUAUACAGCAGGAUUAUGACUCUUUAUUGCUCCAAUUCGAUCAGUUAAGACCCGAGAAGCGGUUCGGGGCUGACAAACAGCCCGAGCCCAUCCAGUUUGAUACUGCUGUGAUUGACUUGCAACCAUCCGAUGUUUUUCAUACACCACACGACGAUGGUGUACUUCCUGCCGUUGGUGCUCAACCGCAGUUGACUGAUACAGUUUUGAAUUCCGAUUUGUCGUACACAGGUCGGAUCUUGCGACCGACUUUCGCACCGUUGCCCAACUUCCGAGAUGCGUACCGCAGUGCACUAAGUAGCGCCUGGGACUUAUGGGGUGACGAUUCGACAAGCGCAGAGACGUCGUUGGUCAAUGCGAACUCCCAGAAUAUUUGUGCGCCGGCUGGCUUCGAUGACGCUGCGUUUGCCAGCCUGGUCGACGUAUUCUUUGAACGACGGUGGCCAUACCUGCCUGUUCUCCAUCGACCAAGCUUCGUCAAGGACCAUUUUAAUCCGUUCAUUGCAAGGCCAGUUCCAGUGCCGGUUUCGAGCUUCCUAGUGAACAUGGUUUGUGCAAUCGCCGCGACAGAGAAAGCCUCCACUCGACAAGGGAAUGGCGAGCACCGUAUUUUCUUCAACCGAGCAAUACAGGACCUGCACGUUGUUAUUCAGGCUGAUGAUUUUGAGUGCGUGCAAUGUCUUCUUCUUCUAUGCAUGUAUGGCCACAAUGAGCCGCAGUCAGUCAAUAUGUGGUACACCACUGGCCUCGCGUUGCAGUUAGCUUUAGGAAUCGAUCUGCACCGCAAAGAAAGCUUGAGUGGUCUGAAUAUGCGUCAGGCAGAGAUGUCAAAGCGUGUCUUUUGGUGUGCGUACGUCAUGAGCUGCAGCAUGGCGAUCAACAUGGGCCGCCCUCUAGGGAUUCACGAAGACGACAUCACCACACCGCUACCCCUGCCUCUAACGGAUGAGCAGCUCGAUGAGACGUCAGGCGCGCCUGACCCGCCACUGGUACCGCAAGUGUCGGACACAUCGACGUUUAUACACAUCAUACAGUUACGGAAAAUCAAUGCUAGGGUAUACGGCUCGUUUCAUUCCAUCGGCCGGACAAGAUCCGAACCGACUGACCUCGAGGCGACUCGCAACGCAUUCUUCUCGGAGUUAAAUCACUGGCUGAUUACUGCCCCGAGAUACGCUCGUACUGUUUCUACAUUCCAGUCUCAAGAGUGGUUUCAGAUCGCGUUCCAUCACGCCGUCCUAUCGCUCUACCGCCCAUCCCGCGCGGUUCCGAUGCCAUCCUCCGAGGACCUUCGGUUAUGCAUGGAGUCCGCCAUCGGAUUAAUCAACUCGUACAGCUCCCUCUACGCACGCAACCGGAUAAAAUAUACGUUUGUUGCAAUCCACUCGCUGUUCAUGGCUGCGGUGACGAUGCUCUAUGCUCUCCGAGCAUCACCUGUGCUGCGCCACGAGUUGACCAGGCCAGUCGUGCAGACGAACAUCCUCACGUUUCUGACUCUAUUCCGAGGCAUAUCGAAUGGGCGUGCAGUAGGUGAGAAGUGCUCGUCAAUUAUAGAACGGUUGGGCAACUCCAUAUUGACUCUAUUCGAUGCAAACGAUAGCCCAGGCGUGGAAUUGGACCCGGAGUUUCAAUCAUGGUUUGGGCUACAAACACACACAUUCCCUACACCUAGCCCAGGAAAUCUGGUUGAUGGCUUAACCACCGGGCGGGAACAUUUGGACUUCCCGGAUAUCCGGGUUGACCUUCCUUGGAUGGAUCUGUUCACCGAGGGCGUCGGUCUGGGCUCUGCGGAUGCUUGGAGCUUUCUUUCGUAG